AUGAAAUAUUUCAUUUUGACAUUAUUUGUUUUGAAUGCAUUUAACUUCUCUUUGAAUGAUGAUUGGGAUGGUAUGGAAGAAGCAAUCAAAGUUCAAUAAGAUGCUGUCUUGGUAUAGAGAAUAAUUAAAUAGGAUCUAGUAGACUAGAUAGACUUAUAUUCAGAAACUCCGAUUACAACUUAGAUAGAGAAUCAAGUAUAGUAACUGAUGAAUCCUCCACUUGAAUCUGAUUAGAAUGAGAAUGAAAAUGAAUAGAGUGAAGAAGUACACUCUUUAGAAUACUGGUUAGAGAGAUUAGGAGAUGAAUAUUAAGACGAAACUAUAUUGUUAUAGCAACCAUAAUCAAUUACAGAAUAAAUCACAACAGUUGUUGGAAAUUUAGUUUUGAAAGUAGGAGAUGCUAAUCAAUUAAAGUAAAUGGCUGAAUAAGUUGAAAUAGAAUCUCCGUUGAUUAUAGAUGGAAUAGAAUUAGAAUAUUAAGAUGAAAAUAUUUAGAUGUAAUAAUUAUUAAACUCAGCUUUGGAAAUGUAGAAAUCAUUAAAUUAAGAUAAUGAAUAAUAUGAUUUAAAUACAAAUUCAAAGAAGAAACAUAAAAAGAAGAGACCAAUUAUUGAUAUUGAUUUAAAUGAUUUAACUAUAUCAGAAGAUAAUGAUUAAACUGAAAUAGACUAUACAAUAUAAUAAGAGAGUGAUAAUAAUUAAAUAUAAAAAGAGAAUGAUAAUAAUUAAAUAUAACAAGAGAAUGAUAAUAAUUCAAUAUAACUAGAGAGUGAUACUUCUGAAAAUACUAUAGAAGUUUAAAUUAAUUCAACUAAAGAAGAACCCUAAACUGAGAAUAUUUCUAAGUUCACUCCAAAUGAAGAUACAAUUAAUGAAGUUUAAGAUAAUAAUAGAAUGUUCAAUUUUUUGAAUGAUGUUCAUAAAGAUGUUGAAAAUGAUAAUAAUUAAAUUAAAUAAUAGGAUUAAAAAUCUUAUAAUUUCAAAGAAUAUUCAUUUAAUAAAUUUGAUGGAGAUUAACGUUCUUUUUAUAAUGAAAAUGAAGAUUCUAUAUUAAAAGUAGUAGAAAGAGAAUAACCAAAAGAAAUUAAUAAUAAUAAUAAUUAAUUUUAAUUUAAGGAAGAAUAAAAAUCAUACAAAUUUAUUAAUAAAGAAGAAUCAGAAUAAAAUAAAGAUAAAUAAUAAAUAGUAAAUAAUCAAGAUUAACCAUAAGAAACAUCAAUUCUUAAAAAAUAUUUAUUAUAUACAGAUUAACCAGAAGUGAUAUCCACAGGAACUACUGAAAAAGAAAUUGAAGAAGAUAAAAGAUUAAUUACUGCUUUUAAAUCUAUGGAUAGAGAUGAACAUUGGGAAAAAACAACAAAGAAAUAAAAAAUAAAUACAGAUGUUAAAAAUGAAUUAUUAAGAUGUACUUUAUUAUAAUAUUAUAUUAGUUACUAAAGUUGAUGAUGAACCAUAAAUAAAGGAACCUGAAUUUAAAGAGGUUACAGAAAGUAAAGUGGAAAAUCCUUAUAAAUUUAUUUCAUUUAAAGCUGACCCAUAAUAUGAAUAGGCUGAGAAUGCAAAAAAGAAUGAAAUUGCUAAAUCUAAAUAUGAUGAAUUACCAGAAACUAAAUUAUAAUCCAAAGAAGAUAUGAAAAGAGAAAAACAAUAAAAAAUAUGUAUUAAUAUAAAAAUGAAUUUUUAGAGGAAAUGCAAAAGAUAAUUGAAGAAUAAUUGAAGAAUAAAACAUUAAAAAAGAAAUCUGAAACAGAUAAAUCUUUAUAAUAUGAAAGUGAAUAUCUACAAUGGGAAAGAGCUACAUAAUCUAAAUAAUAUCCUGCUGAAAUCAAUUUUGUUAUGACAUAAAAUAAUUUAAGAAAAAGAUUGUGAUUAAAAAAAAAC